AUGGCUGGCCGACUGCUCACUUGUUUCACCCUUGCACUCGCGGCCUUGGGGGUAUCAGGCCUCCCAACUUCCAGCGAGAGCAACAAGACCGAGGGCUUAUACCUCGGUGUCCCCAUCUCAAAUCCAGACACCAAGAACGCCAUCCCACACCGCUACAUCGUGGUGUACAACAACAGUUUCAACGAUGAUGAAAUCGAUGCCCACGAGACCAGCGUCAUAAAGACAAUAGCCAAGCGUAACAUCGGCAAGCGCAGCCCAAUGACGGGCAAGCUCCUAUCGACCAGCGUCAACACCUAUCGGAUCGGCAAGUGGCGCGCCAUGGCUCUCGAAGCUGACGACUUGCUGGUCAACGAGAUUUACGCAGCCAACGAGGUCAGCUACAUCGAACAGGAUGCCUAUAUCAGCCUCAAUGCGAGGAAGAUGCAGGGCCAGGCAACUACCGGGUUGGCCCGCAUCAGCCAUGCCGCCCGGGGCGCCGAGACCUAUGUCUUUGACGACAGUGCCGGGGAGGGGAUCACGGCCUACGUUGUAGACACGGGCAUCAGGGUUGACCAUGAGGAGUUUGAGGGCCGGGCUACCUUUGGCGCUAACUUCAUCGACAAUGUGGACACGGACAACCAAGGCCACGGGAGCCAUGUUGCCGGCACAAUCGGUGGCAAGACAUUCGGUGUGGCCAAAAAGGUGCAACUUGUCGCAGUUAAGGUUUUGGGUGCAGAUGGUGGCGGCUCGCGCACGAGCGUGAUCGCAGGAAUGCAAUUCGUGGCUGACAAUGCCACUGCCUCGGGGAGAUCUGGCAAAGCUGUCAUGAACAUGUCCCUCGGUGGCGGAUUCAGCCAAGCCAUCAACUCGGCCAUCAACCAAGUGGAAGCCGCCGGCGUCGUCCCUGUCGUGGCAGCCGGCAACGAAGAAACAGAUACGGCCAACACCUCGCCCGGCUCUGCCGAAGCCGCCAUCACGGUCGGGUCUAUCGACCAGUUGACGGACACGAUGUCCGAUUUCUCCAAUUUUGGCCCGCUUGUUGACGUCUUCGCCCCAGGCAGGGAUGUCACGAGCGUCGGCAUCAGAAGCACCACUGACACCCUAACCAUCAGCGGUACCAGCAUGGCCUCUCCCCACGUCGCUGGCAUCGCCGCCUAUCUGAUGGCCCUUGAGGGCAUCACGGGCGUGCAAGCUGUGGCGAACCGUAUCAAGGAGCUUGCACAGCAGACGGGCGCGAGGGCGAGGGGUGUGCCGAGGGGCACGACCACCCUCAUUGCUAACAACGGCUUCCGGUAA